AUUGCGUGCUUCCGGUCGACGCGGAUUGGUUCGUCUACGCCCCGCCCCUCUUCGCGGUUGCCUCCAAGCCUCUGGUUGCUUACGAGGAAAGAGGAAGUGGAGAGCUGAGCCCCGGGUGGACUCAGCGGCAAGGCGAAAUUUUAUCACAAUAAGGUGAGAUCUGAUGGAACCCGUCAGUGUGGCAUCAUGUCCCCUCUUCAUGACAUCACAGGGUCGUUCCUGUCAGAGCUGAGUGCCGUGAUCGUGUGUCUGCUCACAUCAACUCUUCAUUCUUCUUGGUGAAGUCGAUCCACUGUCUGCUAACCCCUCCCACAGCCUCAGACAUGGCUCCUGUACCCCCUGGCAUCCGGUUCCUGGCGUCCUUUAACCGGGAUCAGUGGUACCGAGCUUUCACCUUUGCUCUUACCUUCCUGCUCUACACCAGCUUCCACCUGUCCAGGAAGCCCAUCAGCAUUGUAAAGAGUGAACUUCAUAAGAACUGUACGCAGAUUAGAGAGGUGACGUCUACUGUAAAACACAUCGGCAGUCAACAGCCCAUUACAGUGGACAAAGACUGCAGCUGGAAACCAUUUGAUAAAGGAAACUAUAAGCAGCUGCUGGGGGCAAUGGACUACUCGUUCCUGUGUGCUUAUGCUAUAGGCAUGUAUCUGAGUGGGAUAAUUGGAGAGCGUUUGCCCAUCCGCCUUUAUCUGAGUGUGGGGAUGCUGACCAGUGGCCUCUUCACCUGUUUGUUCGGACUCGGAUACGUUUACGACAUCCACAACCUCGGAUUCUACAUCUUCGUCCAGAUUGCCAAUGGACUGGUUCAGACUACCGGCUGGCCCAGUGUAGUGACUUGUAUUGGGAACUGGUUUGGCAAGGGCAGACGAGGCCUGAUCAUGGGGCUGUGGAACUCUCACACCUCUGUUGGGAACAUCCUGGGUUCCCUGAUCGCAGCAUACUACGUGUCGUCAAACUGGGGGAUGUCCUUCAUCGUCCCUGGCAUCAUCAUCGCCGUCAUGGGCAUCAUCUGCUUCCUGUUCCUAAUUGAGCACCCAAAUGACCUGAAAGCUGCUAUGACUCAAAAUGCUGUCAAUAGUAACCAGAAGUUGAACAAAAGCUGGAACGGAGUUAACGGCCAUACAGAGCUGUACCUUCAGUAUAAACAAGGAGCCAAAACACAGAGCUCUGAUACAGAGCUGUUGUUGGGUCAGGACAGUGCAGGAGUGUGUGUUCCCAUGCAGCAGGUGGUCGUGGUGAAGAGUGAGGCCGAGCCGGGUGCCAUUAGUUUCAUGGGAGCUUUACGCAUCCCGGGUGUUGUGGAAUUCUCUCUGUGUCUGCUGUUUGCGAAGCUGGUCAGCUACACGUUUCUGUUCUGGCUGCCCCUCUAUAUCACUAAAGCAGCUCACCUUGAUGCAAAGAAGGCGGGAGAUCUCUCCACCCUGUUUGACGUUGGAGGAAUCGUCGGUGGAAUCCUGGCAGGCGUGGUCUCAGAUAAAAUGGGAAAGAGAGCCACUACGUGUGCUGUAAUGCUGCUCCUGGCUGCUCCGACACUUUAUGGCUUUUCCAUGAUGAGACAGUUUGGCCUGGGACCCACGAUCGGCAUGCUGCUGGUGUGUGGAGGCUUAGUGAACGGACCUUACGCCCUCAUCACGACCGCUGUGUCUGCCGAUCUGGGCACCCACAAGAGCCUAAAAGGUAAUGCCCGCGCUCUGUCAACAGUUACUGCCAUUAUUGAUGGGACAGGUUCUGUUGGUGCUGCAGUAGGCCCCCUGCUGGCCGGGCUGCUCUCUGCACACGGCUGGGAUCAGGUCUUCUACAUGCUCAUGAUGGCAGACUUUCUUGCACUACUGCUGUUGCUCAGACUGGUGUUGAAGGAGCUUAGGGCAGUCAAGAACCGUCCGAGAGCAUCUGUCGAACUGAAGGAGCACUGAGCACUUUGCACUAAACUUGAGUAGACUCUGGAUGAGAGAGCCUCCUACUCUUCCCCAACCGGGACCACAGCUUGAAUCUGUCCUCAGAACCAGACCUGCCCUUUGACUUGAUUCUUUCCACUGUGCUUUGUGCCACUCUAACAGUGUAAUGGGACAAAAUUGAACCUUGAACUCUUUACCGUUGCUGUAGCCCUGAGUAGCAGCCUGUUACAAUCCUGCCUUCUUAUAGAGAGCUGAAACCCUGCUCUACCUACUGCUUCAAACCAAUGAAGUCCUUUAGACAUUUUGAUCUACAUCAGAUCAGUGAAGAAAUCGAGCAUAGUAGAAAUAUUCAUCACUGCCAUCACUGUCUGUUAUUGGUGUAAGUGUCCUUGUAGUAAGGUUCCGCCGAGUUAAAUGGUACGAGGUACAGGUAUUUAUUUUGAUGCUGUAAUAUUUAUUCAUGGAAUACAGUAGCUUUUCAGAAAUAUACAGAUAUAUAAAGGUACAGUGUGUAAUUUUUUAGUUUCAGACAUGCUUUAGGUCUGGAACCCUCACAAUAUUUGAUGGAUCUUGGUAGUUUCUUCACCUUAGACUGCUGAUUUAAUUUAUUUCUGGCCCUGAAAAUUGCUUAACAAAGCUCAACCCUUUUCACUCUUGAGGCGAAUGCUGUUCCAGUAGAGAGUGUGAGGUCUUCGUGACGGCAAAGGCUUGUAAAAAUGUUUUCAUUACAGUUGCAGUUCCUCUUGGAGGCAGCGAGAGGCACUAACAGUUGCAAAUUGCACCUUUAAUAGUGUAUUUUCACAGCUAAUAAAUCUAUUCAUGGGAUAAACCUAAUGGGCCUAAAAGAUUAAUGAGCUUAAACUGGAGAUUCGAAAGCAAAGAAAAACUGGAGAAAAUAGACACAGUGAGCACGCUUGCACAUUUGGGCUUGAUGAGUUUUAUAAACCAAACCAGUCUGGUGGAUUUCUGGUCUUUUCAGACUUCACAUGCUGCAUCAGGCGCAUCCACAAAGUCCAGGCCAGGUAUUAGACAGAGAAGACUCAGAAAUGUAGCAUACAUGGCAUGACCAAGACUAGGACUGUGUACUUCCUCAUGUUGCUAAUAAUCGAUGAAAGCGCCUACUUGGUGCUAACCAGUUUCAAUAGACUUCCAUUCAUUAUUUCCUUUUUAUUUUUUCUGCCUGCAUUUAAGUCUUUCUCCGUUUGCCUGCCGUCAGUAUGUGGAUGCUGUGAGUAGGAACAGUUUCUCCAUCUGUACCACUAAAUAUCACCUUCACACGUGGAAACCGUACAGAUAAAUGUAUAUACGAGGGUGUUAUUAAUAUAUUGUUCUUCAUUCACCUUUGCCUUUCUACAAACCAAAGUCUUUGUUAUUUAUAUACAAAAGUUAUAUUUGGUUAUUUAAAUGCUGUGUUUUAAAUGCCGUGGUCCAGAGUGCGUUGAGAUUCAGUGUAUAUUGCAAUUGCUUGGUUUUGUUUUUUAGGAGAUUCAAAUGUCAAAUCGUUUUGCUCGGAUGCACAGCGAGUGUGUGUAUGAGUGUGUUCUGUACUGUGGUGUCAUGAAGGAAGCCACUCGUGGUUUUAUUUUUUAUUUAAUAUAUAAUAGAGACAUACACUGUUGUUUUUCAGUAGUGAGUGAGUGUACACAGUAGGCAAACACAAGAGAGCUUAAAACACAAUUUGCCAUUAAUCUGGACCCUUGGGCUUGAAUGCCACGAUGGAGAAUGAUGCAGUCAGACCUGCCCUGUGACCCAUCUGUGAGUGGACGUCACACUAUAGAUGGUUGAAUGUAUUUUUAUGUGAAUAAAUCGCAUCGAAUUCUUUGCCUGUGUUCCGACAUGACUGUGCCUUGUUUUUUCUAUUUUAUUGUGCUUUAUAUGGGUUUGUUUGUCAUUUUCAGACUGUUUUAGAAACUCAUUGCAGUAGCUGUGCACUGUGCUGGGAAGUCACUUUGUAUUAGGAAAAUUCUAAAAAAAAAAAAAUGAAUGUGAACAAAUCACAUUGUUAAUAAAGAGAAAUAUCAACUGUU